AUGCCUGAUUUUGGGUAUAGUGAUGAGAAUUUCUAUGUAGAUUUUCGUAUUUUUGAUGACGAUUCGGCUCUUUGUGGUUACCACCAAUCUCUUACAAUGAAACCUCCACCGUCCGCCGAAACAGACGACUGCGAUGACAUUUUCGGCCCGCCCCGUACUUACCCGACCGGUUACUGCCCUCCAAAAAACCGCCCCUCCAUGAUAUCCGCGAAAUACCGCCAAAAAGAAGAGAGGAGGAAAGUCCUCAAAAUCAGCAUCAACAAGCUGAAGAAAAUCGAAGACCCCGAAGCAAGUUUAUGCCGAUCUGUGUUGAUCAAUAAUACAAUGAAGAGGUUGCAAAAGGAGGCCAAAGAGGAGAAGCUUCAGAAACAGCAGCUUCACUACCCCCGUUGCUAUGACAACGAUACGUAUCUUAAGAACGAUAGGUUAGAAGAAUCGCAAAGUCUUUCCGAUGAUGCUUUAGACGAUUUCGAUACCAAACUGGCUGAAGAAAUUAACGAAGUGAAUUCUAAAGAAGUACUUAGUAUGGUCGAAGAUAAUUUGAACGGUCUAAAUUCAUCUGAAAGCUUUCUAACUGAUACAUCGAGCGAUAUUACUGAUACUAACAGCAGGUUAUCAUCGAGGAAAAGAUCUUUCGAUGACAUGGAUGAUUGUGAUGUUCAGGAUGUUCUAUCCCAGUUCUAUAUGCCGCCGACACCUAGGAUGCUGACCUGCAUCGACGAAGAUGAAGACGUCAACGUAGUCGACGAUGAGCCUCUUCCGAAACGACUCAAAAUCGACUUGGAAGAACCCAGUCAAGAUUUAGAGGCAAAAAAUUGUGAUAGUUCGUUAACAAAUUUUAGUGUAAAUAAUUUUUUAAACAACAACAUACCCGUGGAGCCUCCUCAGACGAGGUUGCGGUAUUCGUCUCAAAAUGACACUGACAGUGCUUAUAGUUGUGGACACGCAUCGAUGUUUAGUGAAUUUCAAAAUAACGUUUUCCAUAAUUUAAUCGCUUCGUUGGAAACGUAGUGUUUUUUUGAUAGAGCCUAAAUUAAUAAUGAUUUAUGUGAUAUCUAGAGUGAAAGAUUUUUUAUUGGCUGAAUUGGGUUUUUCUAAUCUUUGGAUGCUAUUUUUUUUAUUUAAAAAGCUACACAUUGAAUUUAAUAUUUCUUUAAAUGAUAUUUUGUAACAAAAAGAAUAUAGAAUUGGUAAUUUUACUCCAAAAUGAACUGCAAUGAAGAAUAAAGUGAUUGAGUAUCAGUUUUCAAGUAAAACUCGAUUUUACUAGGAAAAAUUAGUUUUAACUAUCUCUAAUCAGAGAUUUGAAUGAAUGGAACUAGAAUGGUCAGAUACUCUUAGUUAAAAGCAAAAAUUCGAAAUGUUUAAUUUAAAGCAGCUGUUACUUGUUAAACCUAGUCCUGAACUUAACAUAUUCGACCUAGAGCAUUGUCUCACUCCUUUUUAUCUUCCGUAUAUGACCAAAAGUCCAGUCAAUAAAAUUUUGGGUAAUAUUAGAAGAAAAGGCGAAAAUGUUGCUGAAAAGAGGUAGAAUUUGUUUAUUUUUUGAAAAGUGUAGUAAAACUUAAGGUAAUAUUUAAAAUGUAGUUGAAAUUUAGGGUAUUUUUUUGACGAAAGAAGUAACAUUUAGGGUAAUUGUGGAAAUGGAGUAAUAUUUGAGAUAUCAGUGAUGCUGAAAAGGGGAUAAAAGAGGUAACAUUGGUUAAAAGUAUGAUGCAAUUGGAAUAAUUAAGGCAACAGUGUAGUUUAGAUGGUAAAAUUGGAGACAAAGAGGUAACUGCAAGUCAGAUGGAAAUAAACCUUUGGAAGACGAUGGUCUAAGCUCUAAAGAUUAGGUUUUUGUGUUCCAAUUUUUAUUCGAAGGGAAUUAUUAUCUUGAAAGAGUAUUUUGGUCACUUCUAGUGAUUUGCGGUUCAGAUCUUUAUUUGGAAUUGGUAAAUUUGUGGCUUUUAUCUUGAUUUAUGUAGUAAUCAAUACUUUUGAAAAAUAAAUUGACAAGCUAGUCUUUGUCUGAAAAACUUAAGGCAUAAAUACUGGUUGCUCUGAAGCCACUGGUUAUAUUGGCAAUAGUCAUACACUCUGGUGUAAAGGCGUUGAAAAAUCUUUCUUUGUUUAGAGUUCCCAAUAUCGUAGGAGUUCUUGAUCCUAAUGGUAUUCAAAAGAACGAAAAACUAUCCUAGGAGCUGUAAUACGUAUAUUGUAUUACUUAGGAGACACAACAAAUGAUAUAUACAUAUAAAAGAAAGCACCAUCAAAAUGCAAAGAACUGGAGGUGUAGACUUAUUCUAAAAAUUUGGCCAGCUUCCCUUAGGAGUCAUAUGUACCACAGAUCCACUUGGCAGGUCAUCUUCAAAAGUUUUUUACAUCCUCUUUCCUUUGAGGAGAAUCAUUGGAGAUAUAUCUUGAUCCAUUGCAUUUACGCAUCCAAUAUUGAAGAAGUUUUUCGUGGAUUACUAAAUGAACUUCUUUUUGCUCAUUUUCGGGCAAGAACUCGUUGCUGGUAGUACAAAUUCAAACGAUAUCCUUUCUCAUCCUUAUUGUAGAUUUUUCCUUUCUGUUUGACCCAAAUAGAUGUCGCUGCAAUAUUGUUGAUUCUUAUUCUUUAUUGGUCCAUAAAUACAAUUUGGAGCCUAAUGGCCAUUGGUCAGGUCAGAUGAGAUUACGGAGUAUACAAUUAAAAAUACACAAAUAUGCACAGAUAUUAGCCUUUAAAAUGAUCAUAAAACUCCUCUAGACUAUAAGGAGUUAUGUCCAACAGCAUUUUAGUCACUUUCCCCUUAAAUAAAUUUAGAGAUACGAUUUUUAAAUUAGUAGGUAUGAUAUUAUAAAGAUAAGAUUCUUGAUAAUUAAACCAUAUCAAAGGAGAACCUCAUUCUUGGACAGCUUUUGACCCUAUUAAGACUCAUCAGUAAGAAAUAAACAAUCUGGUACAAUUUAAAAAUGAUAACAUUUGAGAAUUGGAUUGUAUUUCCCUUUAAUAAUUGCCUGGUUCUAGAAUACUAGGUACCACAGCGAGUGUAGAUGGCGUUACCAUUUUUGCUCGUUGAAUAUCUACAGACUCUCAACCUCUGUUAAUGUGUGCGAGUAAAUUUUGUAUAAUCGGUAGACUUCAUUAGAAACUGGAGUCGAGGAUGUCUAUUUCUUGCUAAUAAGGACUAAAUCAGUUAAAAAGAAUGACGUCCUACAGUUACAGUGUUGAAAACUACCUUUUUGAUACAAUGCUAUGCCUGUUGCGGUAUUAGCUAAAGGAGUAGUUGUUUUCAGUAAAUAAAUUGUCGCUUGUUGUUUUCGUG